AUGUUUAAACUUCUCGUCGUAUUCGCAUUGGUUGCUGCCAUUCAAGGCCAACUUCCUGGUGGUUUAACAAAUCGUCCUGAACUCGUUGAUCAAGAAUCUACACGUGCUAUGGUUCGAUUAGCAGUUAUCGAUUUAAAAAAUAAAGAAAAUCUUCUUGUAUCGCAAGGUAAAGUUCUCAGUGUGGAAACUCAAUCGGUUUCUGGAAGAAUCUUUCGAAUUGUUUUUCAAGCUCGCUCAAUUUUAACUGCUGCUGUUCUUAUAUGCAGAACUGAAAUUCAUCAAAACAUCAAUGGUAUUCAAUCAGUUUUGUCAGUUGAGUGUGAUCCAAAAAUCUAA